AUGAAAAGGAUCCCAUAUGCUUCUGCUAUAGGAUCGAUAAUGUAUGCCAUGAUAUCUACUAGGCCAGAUGUGGCAUAUGCGCUUAGCAUGACAGGCAGAUUUCAGCAAAAUCCCGGUGAGGUACAUUGGAGAACUGUCAAGACUAUUCUAAAGUACCUUAGAAGGACUAAAGAAUACUUCUUAGUCUAUGGUGGACAGCCAGAGUUAUCAGUUACUGGGUAUACUGAUGCUAGCUUCCAAACAGACCAUGAUGACUAUAAGUCACAGUCUGGCUAUGUCUUCAUCCUCAAUGGUGGAGCAGUUAGUUGGAAUAGUUCCAAACAAAGCACUACUGCCGACUCCACCACCGAAGCGGAGUAUAUUGCUGCAUCUGAAGCUGCAAAGGAGGCUGUGGCUCUGUUAGAAUUCGUGAAAGAACUGGGUGUCAUUCCAAGUACCAAUUGUGCAAUACCGUUGUAUUGUGACAACACUGGUGCAGUUGCGCAAGCAAAGGAACCAAGACCCACGAAUAGAAACAAGCACAUUCCCCGAAGAUAUCAUCUGAUCAGAGAAAUAAUUGAAAGAGGCGAUGUGAAAUUAGAAAGAAUACCCACUGAUGAUAACUUAGCCGAUCCUUUCACCAAGCCGUUGUGUAUAGCAAAACACAACAAACAUUUUGAGAGCUUGGGUGUUAGACAUGUUGGAAGUUGGCUUUAAUUUAGUGGGAGUUUUGGUUUGAAUGUCUUAGAAACAAUUUGAUUUGAGACAUCCUUACCUGAUCACAUUUAUAUAUGUUAUUUGAUUUCAUGGGCUAGUGCAUUUAUUAGAAUAUUUGGUUUUAUUGUUUGACUUUAUUCUUUUAUUUGUUCCCUUGAAUUAUCACUACUAUUAAUGAUGUGAGACAUUAAUGGUUUGAGUGUAAUUCUAAAGAUGCCCUAACCAAUGGUCAUCAAGAAUGGGAUAUUGAUGACAUGCGAUAGGUUAGCAUGUGGUCUGCAUCAUAUUCUUAGAGAAUGUAGUUGAUCUCACAACUACGAGUAAUUUGAUUCUCGUGAUGGACACAUGGAUAUUUUGGAGAAUAUUGGUAUACCCUGCUAUUAAAUCAUUUGUUCUGGUGUCUAUGAUUUAAUAGUGUAUGGAGUAUGUAAUAGUCCUUUGACUUGAGGUCAAUACUCAUUUUGUUUGUUGAGUGGUGUGCUUUGACCAAGUACAAUGCUUGCACUCCAUCAAAGGGGUAGAUACGGCUUGUGUUGGGUACAUCAUGAGGCAAAUGGAAAUGGUAGUUGAGCCAAGAAUAGGAUUCAUUCCUCGAUUUGAAUUUCGAGAGAACACUUCAAAUUCUCUAUAUUAUUUGACCGUUAGUCAUUGGCCAAUGCAAAGAUAUAUUCAAUUAGAAUAAUUGAAUAUGAUCGGAAGGGUCAUUUAAUAAAGAUGAGAUAAAAUGAUUGAGCUAUUGGGAUAGACACAUGGCAGAUCCUAGGCUCAAUCGAGUGGUUCGUGAAUGAAGGGAUAUUACAUAAACUUCAUAUAAAGGUUUGUUUACAGAAUCCACGUAAACGUUCUUCAUAUAUCGAGUUCGCUACACAACGCAGUCUAGGAGUUUUGUGUAGACUUUAAUUUGAUUAUCGUCGAUAAUGGAGGCCUAAAGGGUCACACUUUAUGUGUAUUGUUGAUUCGCUCAAGAGUGCAAAGUUAGUGCUUGGUGUUUAAUCUAAUGCUAGUCCAAGUGGGAGA